UCUGUCAUUUCUGUGUAAUUCCAAUUCUAGGGACAUUCUGUAACAUGGCAGGGAAAAAAAGUGGAUGCGUGUUUUUUCUUCCGAUUCUUUGCCUUCUUUGUGGUUCAUCCCUUUGCUUGCCCACCGCAAAGAUUUCAGAUUUGGAUGUGGAUGGUGGGCGAGAUCUUGACAUUUUCGACAUCAACAAUGAGGCUGGAUUAAACCUUGUGGAGGGGGACAUUGUGCUUGAUGAGAAGCAAACCCGGAAUUCCAUUAUUGGAGACGAGUAUAAGUGGCCAAAGACUAUUCCAUAUUACAUGGAAGAUGAUUUAGAGAUCAAUGCAAAAGGUGUGAUUCUUAAGGCCUUCGAGCAAUACCGCCUUAAGUCCUGCAUCGACUUCAAACCAUGGAGUGGAGAAGAAAACUACAUUUCCAUCUUUAAAGGGAACGGCUGUUUCUCGUCUGUUGGUAAUCGUCGAGUUGGGAAGCAGAGGUUAUCCAUUGGAACAAACUGUGACCGCAUUGCCACCAUUGAACAUGAAUUCCUUCACGCCUUGGGUUUUUGGCACGAGCAGUCCAGAUCAGACCGGGAUGACUAUGUCCGCAUCAUGUGGGACCGCAUCUUGGAUGGUAGAGAACACAACUUUAACACCUACAAUGACACCACCUCCAGCUCUCUGGGGGUCCCGUACGACUACGGCUCCAUGAUGCACUACAGCAAAAAUGCUUUUCGGAACGGUUCCGAGCCCACCAUUGUCACCAAGAUCCCCGCUUUCAGCGAUGUGAUAGGCCAGCGGAUGGAGUUCAGUGACAGCGACCUGCUCAAGCUGCACCGCCUCUACAACUGCACGCAGGGCUCCACCUUUCUGGACUCGUGUGACUUUGAACGCGAGAACAUUUGUGGAAUGGUGCAGGGGCACGACGAUAAGGCCGACUGGAUCCGAGUUACCAGCGCCGCCGGGGGCCCUGACAUGGACUACUCCAACAACGGCAAAUGCACUGGCUCUGGAUACUUCAUGCACUUCAACACUGGUAUUGCGGACAGUGGAGACACAGCUACACUGGAGAGUAGAAUCGUUCACCCCAAAAGAGGAUUUCAGUGUUUGCAGUUCUUCUACUACAACAGUGCCGGUCCCAGUGACACACUCAAGAUCCACGUCAGGGAGUUUGACGGAACCAACCCCAAUGGAACUCUGCGCUUCAUAACCACCAUAGAUGGACAUCCUCAGGAGCUGUGGCAACUUCACCACGUGAGUCUCGACGUCAAAACAAAAUUCCGUGUCGUCUUUCAGGGGACAAAGGGGGGUUCUGGUUCUGCAGCAGGGGGGUUGUCCCUGGACGACAUCAACCUCUCAGAGACUUCCUGUCCAGAGUUUAUCUGGCGAGUAAAGAACUUUAGUCACCUCAUGGAAAACACCCCAACUAACAAAUCCAUCUUUAGCCCCCCAUUCACUUCUAAGCAAGGGUACACCUUUCAAAUGCAGCUGUACCCCAACGGCGUGGAAGGGUACCCCAACGAGCUGUCUGCCUACUCCCAUCUCGUAGCCCGUGAGGAGGACACGGGUCAGACAUGGCCGUGCCCUUGGAAACAAAUGACUAUGAUGCUUAUGGAUCAGCACCCCCACAUCCAGAAGAGAAUGUCCAACCAGCGCAGCGUCACUACGGACCCCACCAUGAAAGCAUCAGACUCCGACCAGUUUUUCUGGGACGAUCCUCGAAAAGUUGGCGUGGAGGUCACAGACACAGAUGGAUCCAAGUACUUCAGAGGGCCGGGCGCUGGUACCGCUGUGUUCCUCACCCACCUCAGGGCCAGAAGCAGGGAUUUCAUUAAGGGAGGAGAUGCCAUCUUUCUUCUCACGAUGGAGGAUGUGUCUCAUCUGACAGAGUCUCAGCCUUUGCCUCCCACAACCUCAAAACCGCCCACCACCUCACAGUCAACAACAGCUGCAACCGUUGACCCAUCUGUCUGCAACAAUGUGGAGUGUCAGAAUGGAGGAGUCUGUGUUAUUGAUGCAGCCAAGCCUGCAUGCAGAUGUGUGGUGGGUAAGGACUGGUGGUAUUACGGGGAAAACUGUCAGCACAGAGGUUCGAUCAAGGACAAAACCACUCUGGCACUGGCCUCGUCUCUGUCUGUACUGGGAGCAAUGUUGAUCCUCACAGCCGUGAGCGUCGUCUGCAUGAAGAAGAAAUACAAGAAAGGCAUAACGGACAACAGCUUGGUCAUGGGAAAUGUGUCGAAUGUCAGACUUUAACUGGAGACGUGAUGGAACAGCAGGAAAUCGGCAGAGAGGCAGAUCAGGCAAGGUCACCCCAUGUACUAGAUCGCCAUCUGCUGGACAAUAAAUAUAUAACAUGGGAGCAAUGUUAAACCUUGUGCUGUCCUAGGCACUUUAACAUCGGGAGUUGGGUCAUCUAGACCCACUAGACAGGGUGCUGAACAUUUUUUCUUCAAUGAUUUGUGAUCUUC